AGUGUGUCAAACCCGUGGGAAGUGGCUUGAGAGCGUGUUGCAACAGUCAUUUCCGGAUAGAGCCUAGAAGACAGAAACGGGGUGUGCAGAGUGGAGGAUUGAAACACCAGGGGCAAAGCUGUUCCUGCACGUCCUGGAGUCAAGACAACAUCUUGGCUUCUCACCGACAAAAAGACGGACGGAAGAUCCUUGGAAGAGGCUUGUGGGUGCCGCCAUGAUGCCCCAGCUGCUGGCGCUGCUCUGCACUGUUGACUCAGAUGGUUAUGCUGCUGCGUUCAGAGAGAAAUUUGGGAACUCAUCAUUUCUGGAACUUACCACGGCUGUGUGCUGGCCAAGGAAGCAGGGGGACCAACGAGUCCCUUCCCAAGCCCUCCCUCAGGGCCUGGCCCAGCUCGGUGAUGCCUCGCUGGAGUAAUGUGACGCUGCAAUGCCAGACUUCUACCAAGAAUGUCAACUUUGUUCUCAGAAAGGGAAAAGUUCCUUUGGACUCUGGGCAAUCAUGGAUUUCCACAGAUGGGCCGGCUGAAUUUCACCUCACUGACCUACAAUUCAGCAAUGCUGGAGAGUACACCUGUGAGUACUACAGACGGGGGGCCCCACGCACACGUUCACAGCCCAGUGACGUCCUCCUGCUACUGGUGACAGGAAAUUUUCCUAAACCUUCCCUGCAAGCCCACCAAAGGGGUGAGGUGACCGCAGGAGACACCGUGACCCUGAGGUGCCAGACGGCAGCCAAUGUUUACGAGACUAUAAUGUUUGCUCUACUGAAGGCAGGAGCAGCAGGGCCCGUUCAGCUCGAGGGUCCAGUAGAGAAGGAGACAGACUUCUCCCUCCAGAAUGCGACAGCUGGUGACACCGGGAACUACAGUUGUGUGUACUUCCAGACCACCGCACCUUUCUGGGCUUCCAAGCCCAGUGAUCAUCUGGAGAUCCGGGUGACAGAUAAAACUGAAAUGAAGCGUCCCAAGACAGUGGGAACAGGAAUAGGGACCCCUGGGAUCACCCUCAUUGUCAUCUCCAUCUUUCUUGUCCUCCUUGGAGCCUUCCUCAUCUGCAAAUACACCCGGUGUGGGGCAGCUCCUGAGAAGGUGACCAAACGCUCCCGCUCUGAGGGACCUGAAGAAGUGCGGACUUGUACUCAGCCUGAGAAAGAAAGCGGUGAUCUGUCCGCAGCUAUGACGAGCAGCUCUCUGGCCUCGGAGAGAGCAGCCCUGGUCUCAAGAGCUGAGGAGCCCCACGGAGUGACUUAUGCUGAGCUGAACACCAGAGCCCUGAGCAAGGGUCCCUCCAGCCAGACGGAGGAGCCUCUGGAAGCCUGUGUGUACUCGACCCUUAAGGCAUAGCCAGGAGACCCCAACAAGGGGAUGGACGAAGGAAAGAGGACCCUUGAGGCACUCGGUGAAUGGGAAUCCCUUUCCUCAAAUCUCUAAUGAAGACUUGUUUCCUUCUUCUAAAAAUGUAUUUAUUUUUAAAUGAGAGGCAUCAUUUGCAUAGAGAAAACUGCACAAACUUUGCUAAGUAAAAAGAUAUGUAUAUAUAUGGGAUAUCGCUACCUAUCCCCUGGGGUAUAACCACCGUCCAAAUAAAAACAGUAUUUCUAGCACUCCAGAAGGCUUCUUUGUGCCAUUCUCUGGCUAACCACACUUCCCCCGAGAUCAUUCCUUUUUCUGACGUGCAUCACCUUGGAGGACUUGGGCCCGUUCCUCGUAUGAACUCACACACACGCGUGACACCACGUGCAUUCUUCCACGUGGGCUGCUUCCACGCGAAGACGUUGUUUCUGAGGUUCAUUCCGGAUGUAGUUACUCGCAUUGUACCUCCUUCCCUUUUUACUGAUGAGUAUUACUCCAUCGUGUGUUCAUGCCGCAAUUUGUUGAUCUCUUCUC